AUGGACGCGCCGGUUUUCACCUGCUUCCCCCAGCUUCCGCUAGAAUUGAGGAACCUGAUUUGGAACGAGACCAUGCCAUCAGAUGGACCAGUCAUGUAUCCGUUCGGCGAUCACUUCGUCCACUACGCAGCGCACCCAGCGGGAUCAACCGCGCCGCUGAUGGUGCAGCUCCCCAUGCCGCCAGCUGUCUUCGUCUGUCGCGAAGCGCGCAGGGCUGUGGAGCGGUGGAUGGCCUCCGUCAACGGAUGGCUGUAUUUCCGCAGAGAGACGCAGGGCCACAUCAUGGUACGCGCCUGGAACGAGGAAACGGAUGUGCUCUAUGCCCCACGACCUAAGUGGCGCUUCUUCUCGGGCGGCAUGUUCGAAGAGGCCCCCGAGGAGGGAUCGGUCUACCACCGGGUGUACGCGAGGGUGAGGAACUUGGCGUUGCCCGCCUUCACCGCGUACUACAGCCAAACGGGACUCGUGGCAGCCAUGGAGCUCGCGAAGAAUCUCACCGCUGUGCACGUUGUUUGGGGGCCCCUGCCGGAAGUUCGCGCAUCCGCCGCCGAGGAAGCGUUUCCGGAUGCGGCUGUACAACCUCGCUGGGCUGUGGAGGUUGAGGACAGCGAGGUGGUGAGGAUGUGUGUCACGGACAAUGAUAACCCGGGUAUAACAACUUGGGAGACGGGCGAGCUGGAGGAUUGGAUGUACGAACUCGAAGGGGAAUUGGCGCUUCGCGAAGAUAUCCCAGAAGAAUACGUCGACGACGAAAGGGGCCAGAUAAGCCUACCCUUUUUGUCUGUGAGGCUGAAAAACGAGUAG